ACAUGACCCAAAUACAUGACUUCCGGUGUACACAACAAUGUCGAGCGGUGAUGCAGACUCAACAGUGAAAACAGAAUCAAAUCCAGAUGAAGAUGUGAAACCAAUUGAACCUGUUGAAGAUAAUACAACUCUAGGAAAAUAUUGGAAAGCUGUGAAAGAAAAUGUGUCAGAUUUUACAGGAUGGACAUAUUUACUUCAAUAUGUUGAGCAAGAGAACAAACUUGAUGAUGCCCGUGAAGCUUAUGAUGCAUUUUUCCAACACUAUGCAUACUGUUACGGCUAUUGGAAGAAACAAGCUGACAUGGAAAAACGACAUGGUUUUACUGAUAAAGCUAUAGCUGUGUAUGAGACUGGAGUUAAAACCAUUCCUGUUUGUGUAGAGUUAUGGCUUCAUUACAUAUCAUUUUACAUCACUUAUUUUGUUGAUAGCACUGAAGAUAUAAGGAAAUUAUAUGAGAGAGCAAUCAAAGCUGCUGGUACUGAUUUCAGAUCUGAUAAACUUUGGGAUUCAUACAUUUCUUGGGAAAAAGAUCUGCCAAAUGUUACAUCAUUGCAUGACAGAGUAUUAACCAUUCCAACACAAUUAUACAGACAUCAUUAUGAUAGUUUUAAACAUCAUGUUGAAACGCAUCAUCCUAAAGAAAUCUUGUCUCUUGAUGAUUUUCUUAAGCUGCGGAAGGAAAUUGUCAAUAAAACCAUCUUGACAGGAGAUGAUGAUGAGAAUGUGCUAGAUGAAGGUCCCCCUGCAUUUAUAGGUCCUCCAGGGCUAGAAGUACCACCAGGAAUGGAAGACACAGAAGGGGGAAAGUGUGAUACAGAUGAAGCUAUAAAAUUAAAAGACAGAUUAAUCACUACAAGGGAAGUUAUGUAUAGAAAGAAUGAGGAGGAAGUCAGUAAGAGAUGGAAUUUUGAAGAAGCAAUAAAAAGACCUUAUUUUCAUGUCAAACCUUUAGAACGAGGUCAGCUGAAAAACUGGAGAGAAUAUUUAGAUUGGGAAAUACAGAAUGGAACACAUGAACGAGUUGUGGUUUUAUUUGAGAGAUGCAUGAUUGCAUGUGCCUUGUAUGAAGACUUUUGGAUGAAGUAUGCUAAAUACAUGGAGGACCACAGUUUGGAUGCUGUAAGAACUGUAUACAGCAGAGCUUGUAAAAUUCAUCUACCAAAGAAACCAUAUAUACACAUGGCUUGGGCAUCGUUUGAAGAAAGACAAGGAAAUUAUGAUGGUGCUUACGAUGUGCUGGCAACUCUAGAGAAAAGUGUACCUGGACUGAUUAUGGUUGCUAUGAGAAGAAUAAGUUUAGAAAGAAGACGAGGAAAUUUAGCAACUGUGGAAACAUUUUUCAAAGACUAUAUAGAAAAUGCUGCAUCCCCAGAGAUUGCAUCUUUUUAUUCUAUUAAAUAUGCACGUUUUCUUUUGAAGAUAAAGGUUGACCCAGAAGCUGCCAGAGAAGUGUUUAAACAAGCUAUAGAAAAAGAUAUGGGAAAUCUCAAGUUAUACAUUCAAACACUGGACUUGGAAUAUCAAUGUACUCCUGUCGAUGAAGAGAAGGUCAACAUACUGUUUGAAAGUUUAUUGAACUGUGAAAACUUCUCAUUAGAAACUAAGGCAAAAAUGUCCCAAAGGAAAUUGGAAUUUUUAGAAGAUUUUUGUACAGAUAUAAAAAAAUUAAAAGAUGCUUAUGAUGAACACCAGAAAUUGAUGAAAGAUUUACACACAGAGAGAAAGAAAAGAAGUUAUGAUGCUGCUAAUUAUACACAGAGUAUGAGUGAAGAGCCACCUGAGAAAAAACAAAAAAGUGAACCUCCGACCAAUGGUGCUAGUGAGUCCAUGUCACAAUCUGCUGGUACAGAACAUGGUAGUUACCCAUACUGGGGAUCAUAUAAUAAUUCAAGUUAUGCUGCUGGGUAUGGACAACACUGGACAACAUAUGGUUCUCAUUAUUACCCAUGAAGUGAUCAACUUAUUUUAUAAGAAACAUCAUUAUGUUUAGAAACUUGAAUGCAUAUGAUGAUGAGAAACAUGACAGUUGCCAUACUUAAUCCUGUGGAUUAUUUCAACUAAAACAGUUCCAUCUAGAACUAAGAUCUGCUUUGACGUGAAUGCCUUUGAAUUUCAAAAGGAGAUUUCAGCCAGUGUUCAAAGGGCACUAAAGAACAAGAAUCUUCCAAUUUGUAAGGGUUAUGGAAGUAUUAGAAAAGUAUGUGUGUAACAAUGUUUAUGAAAACAAUUCUUACCUUUGAAUUGGAAAUGUUAGUUUUAGAAUGAAAUUGAUCAUGUUGAUAUUUGAUUUCUGAAAUCAAAUGUUCAUUUUGUUUGAAUGAAGAACUAUGUGAGAAUGAUUGAUAGAUGUUGUGUGCGUAGUUGUAAUUGUCUUUUUGUUAUGAUUUUGUAUCAUGUUACUAGUAUAUCAAAUUGUUGAUUAAAACAAAUAAACACAUGUCAAUAAGAA